UUUAUAUAACGCAGAGCUGCUUGCGUAUCUGUCUGACGACCGCUCAUCACUUGUAUUGGAGGCGCAACUUCUUCUUGGCUCACUUUGCAAUUUACUCGACCAAGCUCAUAUAGCUGCCACUCACAAGCAUCCAACAGAAAUAACCAUGCUGGCUCGUUCUUCUCUCCGACUACCUAAGGCCGCCCGCUGCAUCAGCUCGUCUACGCCAGCUCGUGUACUACAGCAGACACCCGCCACCUCGUCGUCAGGCAAGACGAACAUUCCACAGGUCUCGCAGGGUGAGAAGGCUUGGUGCGAUAUCUACGGUGUGGACUACGAGAAGCAGAUCGCCGAGGCCCUGCAGGAAUCCCCCGCUGCCGCCGAGGGCGCCGCUAAGAAGGUCAACUACCCCACAGCUGGCGUUCACUCCUCUGCUAAGCCUCAGAGCAAAACCGACAUCUGGAACGUCGUGUUCGGCGAGAAGAAGUGAAGCGAUCGUCUGACUUACAGAGAAGAAUGGGAGGAACCCUCCCGCCGUAUUUCUAUAUUAUCGACCCCUAAGCUAUCGUAGCAGUAGUAAACCAGCUCCGUAUCAAUACAUCCAUGCUGAUUGUCCCUAUCACUCCUCUUCAUCCGCUUCUUCGAGUGUGAAAUCGUACGGCUUCCAUUGGCUCUUGAACGUCU